CGACGACGUUAGCCAACUCAUCGGUCUAUUUGACGUAAAAUUAGAGAUUAUGUUUGUUUUCCGGUCAUAAAUGUUAUGAAUUCGGCUUUAUUUAUUGCAAGAUAGAUAAUAUAUAACCACAAUAAACAUGGAGGUACAAUAUCUCGUGUUGUUACUGAGCUUAAUCUGGCAUGGAACUGAUGCGAUUAUGUGGAGCUUGGCGCCGAACACACACAAGUGUUUGAAAGAAGAAUUACACGCCAACGUGUUAGUUGCAGGAGAAUAUGAUGUGACAGAAAUACAGGGGCAAAGAGUUGACUAUAUUAUUAAAGACUCGAAGGGGCACAUCUUAUCACAGAAAGAUACAGUAACAAAGGGAAAGUUCUCAUUCGUCACAGAGAAUUAUGAUAUGUUUGAAGUUUGCUUUAUAUCUAAAGUACCAUCAGAAAGAAGAGGUAUUCCACAUCAAGUAAGCUUAGAUAUUAAAAUCGGCAUAGAAGCAAAGACUUAUGAAGGGAUCGGGGAGGCUGCAAAAUUGAAGCCAAUGGAAGUGGAACUGAAGAGACUAGAAGACCUAUCAGAAGCUAUCGUUCAAGAUUUCACACUAAUGAGGAAAAGAGAAGAAGAAAUGAGAGAUACCAAUGAAUCAACGAAUAAUAGAGUUUUAUUCUUCAGUAUAUUCUCGAUGGCGUGCCUCUUGGGUCUGGCCACCUGGCAAGUCCUGUACCUUCGCAGGUUCUUCAAAGCAAAGAAGCUAAUUGAGUAAUUAAGUAACAAUACGCGAGUAACGUCUUGAUGAAACUGUGUUGAUUCGAUUCUGUUUUUUUUUUUUUUACUUCGUUUUUGUUAUAAUCUGUGGUAGUUUAUAUUAUAGUGUGCAGUUUUUUCGCAACACUGGGAACACUCCUCUGGUGACUUAAAAUUUGCGACAUUAGAUCUUAAAUUGUUUAAUAUUAGUGAACUAUUAAAUGUUUGGAAUAGUUAAUGCAGUAAUUUCCUAAUUUUUUUUUUAAUUAUUAUUUGUUGUAAAUGAUCGCGUUUUGUGUCUGCAAAUGUAAAAUAAAGUCUAUUUGGAAUAAUA